AGCGGCUGUUAUUUUUAAGGAUACCAAUUUAGUACAUUUUCGGUGAAGGCCAAUUGCGUCGGUCCAAGCGUGGCCACACUAAAGGCAGCCUGCGAAGGUGUUGGACGCAAUCAAACGCGCAUUCCGAUUCGAAAGCUUAACUAUGUGCUACCGUUCGGGCCGUUGUUGACGCGGAAAAAUCGAUUGUGCCCGUGUGAUUAUUUUUGUUUUGGUUUGCGGCCUCUCGUCCCCGUAAUCACCGCGCGGCCUCGGCCUCAUGACUCAUGACAGGCAGCAACAAUGAAAAACCACAAUAAGUACGUCAAGUUGCCCCAAGACCUCGAUUUGAGUUUCCACAGCGAUUUGGACUUGCUGCCGGACACGGCGGCUGACAUAGACGCAGAACUAGACGCGCUUGCGGACGCGGACGCGGAUGUGGCCGCGCUCAGUGUGAACGUGCCCCCGGCUCUGGGCCUGGACGAGGACUACGACGACGACGACGUAAUCAUCGCCCCCGGCGGGGGAGGCCUUCGACUAGCUCCCACCGCGGCGGAGGCAGUGGCGGCCCGUAGGCAUCAGCGCAGGCAGCGGAAGCAUCAGCUGGAGCAGCAGCAGCAGCAGCAGCAACAGCAGCAGCAGAUACUGGUCAGCAGCAAGAUCUGCGGCCUGGGCAGCGACAGCGUUAUCGAGACGGGGUUAACCCUCACACCCGAAAUGUUGUUAUCGACCUCGGAAUCAUCGACUCACAGCGCCUCCGAGGUCGCAGGACGACUGCAAGUCGACGUGCGGACUGGUCUCAAAUGGACAGAGGCUAAGUACCGUGCCAAGAUCAUUGGGCACAAUGAGCUGCUGCUCGUCGCGGAGGAGCCCACCUGGAAGAAGUACAUUGAGCAGUUUAAGAACCCACUCAUUCUACUGCUCCUUGGGUCAGCUCUGGUGUCCGUAAUCAUGAAGCAGUUUGACGACGCAGUGAGCAUAACCAUCGCCAUCCUGAUCGUGGUCACGGUGGCCUUCAUCCAGGAGUACCGCUCGGAGAAAAGCCUGGAGGAAUUGAAGAAGCUCGUGCCACCCGAGUGCCACUGCCUGCGCGAAGGCCGUUUAGACACCUUCCUGGCACGCGAACUGGUUCCCGGGGACAUCGUGCACCUCAACGUGGGCGACCGGGUGCCCGCUGACGUUCGCCUCUUCGAGGCAGUGGACUUGGCUAUUGACGAGAGCAGCUUCACUGGCGAGACAGAGCCGGCACGCAAGAUCACUGAUGUCCUGCUGAACAAUUCUAACGUCAAGGAUCACAGCAACAUGAAGAACAUUGCUUUCAUGGGCACACUGGUGCGGUGUGGCAACGGCAAGGGCAUCGUUGUCAGCACUGGAGAGCGCAGCGAGUUCGGCGAGGUCUUCAAGAUGAUGCAGGCGGAGGAGGCUCCAAAGACUCCGCUGCAGAAGUCGAUGGACAUCCUUGGGGCCCAGUUGAGCUUCUACUCCUUUUUGAUUAUUGGCGUCAUCAUGCUGUUGGGUUGGCUACAGGGCAAGCCUCUAUCCGAGAUGUUCAACAUCAGCGUCUCACUUGCUGUGGCGGCCAUUCCCGAGGGCCUGCCCAUCGUGGUAACAGUCACUCUAGCCCUUGGGGUGAUGCGGAUGGCUAAGCGGAACUCUAUCGUGAAAAAGCUGCCAACCGUUGAGACCCUGGGCUGCGUGAACGUCAUCUGCUCCGACAAGACGGGCACUCUGACCAAGAAUGAGAUGACGGCAACGAUCAUCAUAACGUCCGACGGAUACAUGGCAGAUGUAACUGGCGCCGGGUACAAUGACCAGGGGGAGAUCCACAUCCGGAACUGCAACAACGUAGAGAUGGCCAAGGCCAACAUUACGAACCUCCUGGAGAUCGGGGCGGUCUGUAACAAUGCUUACAUCCAAAACGGCACGCUGCUAGGCCAGCCCACCGAGGGAGCUCUCGUGGCGGUGGCCAUGAAGAACGGCAUGUACGCCACAGCCGAGAACUAUGUUCGCAUCCAGGAGUACCCCUUCAGCUCGGAGCAGAAGAUGAUGGCUGUCAAGUGCAUUCACAAGUACAACAACAACAAAGAGGAGAUUUUCUUCGCCAAGGGGGCGCUGGAGACGCUGCUACCGCAGUGCACUAAAUACCAGUUCGGCACCCAGGCGGUACCACUAACAAAGCAGAACGAGGCCGAGUUCCUAGCUGAGGCGUACGAGAUCGGUCGCAAGGGCCUCCGAGUGCUGGCGCUGGCCAAGGGCCGGUCCAUGCAAGACCUGAUAUACUGCGGCCUGGUCGGCAUCACUGACCCACCGAGGCCCCUUGUGCGGGAGUCCAUCGAGAUGCUGAUGCAGAGCGGAGUGCGGGUCAAGAUGGUGACUGGAGAUGCCCAGGAAACGGCCUUGGCCAUCGCGAAUCUCAUUGGCAUCGAUACUAUCCACCACCAGACGCUAUCCGGUCAGGAAAUCGAUCAAAUGAACGAGCACCAACUGGACAAGGUGGCCAACAACGUAAGCGUUUUCUACCGCGUAUCGCCACGCCACAAGCUGGAGAUAGUCAAGUCGCUGCAGCGCACAGGUAACAUAGUCGGUAUGACUGGCGACGGGGUCAACGACGGAGUGGCGCUGAAGAAGGCGGACAUCGGCAUUGCGAUGGGCAAAAACGGUACGGAUGUGUGCAAGGAGGCUGCUGACAUGAUCCUGGUCAACGACGAUUUCCACACUAUCAUCGCUGCCAUCGAGGAAGGCAAGGGCAUAUUCUAUAACAUCCGAAACUUCGUGCGCUUUCAGCUCAGCACUUCAAUAGCCGCGCUGGCCCUCAUAGCCCUGGCCACAUUGAUGGACAUUGCCAACCCGCUUAACGCCAUGCAGAUUCUAUGGAUCAACAUUAUAAUGGACGGGCCGCCUGCACAGUCGCUGGGCGUGGAGCCCGUGGACCACGACGUGCUCAAGCAGAAGCCACGCAACGUUAAGCAGCCGAUGAUCACCAAGUCUGUGGUGGUAAACGUACUGCUCAGUGCAAGCAUAAUAGUGCUGGGCACGCUGUGGGUAUUCCAGCGCGAGAUGGCCGACGGGACGCUGGGCAAGACCAAGCGAGACACGACCAUGACCUUCACUUGCUUCGUGUUCUUCGACAUGUUCAAUGCGCUGUCUUGUCGCUCGCAGACGAAAAGCGUGUUCACCAUUGGACUCACCACCAACCGCAUGUUCCUGCUGGCUGUCGCCUUUUCGAUCAUUGGCCAAAUGCUGGUCGUCUACUUUCCGCCUCUGCAGAUGGUUUUCCAGACGGAAGCCCUGACGCCUUACGACAUAUUCUUUCUGGUCUCCCUUACGUCCUCAGUGCUGGUUGUCUCCGAGAUAAAGAAAUGGUUUGAGCGCACCAUGGAGCGCAAGGUGUACAGCACCCGCUCUGAUCUGGACUUUGUAUGACAAAACGCAAGCGCUAGAGAAGACUUGCACCCCAAAGCCGAGUAAAUUAAAAACCUUAACAAAAAAAAAACCACAAAAAAAAGCAAAACUAUGCCAAAACAAGCGAGGAGCGCGGCAAAAUGUUGCCAGAAGAGAGCAAGAGCCGAAAAGGAGCAAGGCAGCAGCGAUGUGUGUGUUUACUUUUACAUUUGACUCGACAAGUUAGCCAAAAUUGAACCGACAAUGUGGGGUCUUAACCAGUUUGCGAUUUCUUUAGAUUUGACGUAAGCUUCCAGGUUUGUUUUUUGCUCUCUGUAAUUAAUGCAUUGUUUUAUAAAUUGCAAGGAAUUGUGUUUCAUUUUAAUGUACUGUAUUGAGUUUAUUAUGUAAGUAGUCAAUUGUCUGUAGAACUUUUCUUUUAUUGUUCGCUAUGUACAACUUUCUUGCAGAUGCUUUUCUAUUUAAAAAAAAAGUUUCAAAAACUAUUGAUAUCUCAGCGUCAAGUGCGCAUACAUAUAAUUUAAAUUCUCCAAUUGGCUGCAAGGCAACCUUUAUAUGUACUUUGUAUUUCCAUUUUAUUUUUUAAGUUCUGCUCUAGUUUUUAAUGCUCAUCACACAAAUUUAGGCAAUUCAAAGUGUUUAAUAUUCUAUAAAAAUGUCGGAAAAAACAGUUUAAUGUGAUAUUAUUUUAAGCACAUAAACCGAUCAUCCCACAAAUGCAAAAUUUAUGUUGAUUUGCACAUCAGCUUGUGGAGCCAAAUAUUUUAAUUUUUAAAAAUAAAAUUUAAUCUAAAGAAUUUGUAAACCAACAAGUUGAAAAUUCAAUUUCUGAUUAUCUUAGAUCUUACCUCUUUUUCCCCGCAGCGAAUCAGCCAGAUUAUAAAUCAAGUGAUCGUUUUCGUGAAUGCGAUUUGGUUCAACAGUCAAAUGCAGUUUCAACCAGGUCUCAGCAAACAUAAAUGAAAAUAAAAUGGAUAAGAGUCAACAAAGGCAUGGCAAGGACAAGGCAAAGCAAGGCGUAGUGAAGUAAAACAUGGUUUUUUUUUGGUAAAAUUGAUCGUUAAUUUAUUCGGUAUUUGAAAAGCAAGGAGUACAUUUGUGUAAAAUUACGCAAAUCAAAACUCUAGCGCGUUAGUUAAAAUAUACAUUUUGAGAAAAUCAUGUCCAUAAAAACAUAAAUGGAGAGUAAAAAUCGAUAAUUAUUUUUAAAAACAGAAAAAUUCUUUCAUUUUAUGCAUAUUUUUAUAUUAAAAAAGCUUCGAUGCGUUAAGAGUUUUUGUGUUUUUGCCUAGGACUUAAUAUCUAUCAAAACAGAAUAAUGCACCAAACCAAAUGAAAAUUUGUACCAGACAAACAGCACCAGAUUACUGGAAUGUGCAGUAAUUGAUCUUUUUAAAAUUAGCUCAACAUGUAUUCACAACAAAUUCAGAUACUUGCUUAGAUUGAACACAGAUGUAAUCAACAUACAAAAGAAAUCAAGCGAAUUUGGUUAGUUUUCUUAAAAAAAAAGGAUUCAAAGUUAAAAAUCAAAAAUAUGAAUCUUAAUAGUCAAUUAAUUGAAAGGAAUAUUAAAUAAAUUCAAUAGAAUACCGAGAGUUAUCUCAGCUAAAUUAUUGAACUCACUAAAUAUCAUUGUCAUUUGAUUCAUAUCAUAGCAACUCAGAAGUCUUAUACCCAUAGAAAAGAUUAUACUGAUGCACUAAGAGCAUAUCACAUUUUCGAUGGUUUGGUUUCGAUCAACAAAACUUAUUUCUGGGUCACCAAUUGUAAAGAAAUUUUUAUUUGGCGGAAAUUAAUUUUUGUUCGCGCUGCUAAAGGCAUCUAAUGGACCAAUCAAGAAAUUUUUUUAUUUAAUCGCACAUCAGUCCAAGCUCGACAGAGACGCAUUCUCAUAUAUCAAGGCAAAAAAAAAAGAAAAAAAAAAGAAAAAACUCAAAAACCGAACAUAAAAAAAUAUAUAUUUAAAAAAGCUCGUUCAACAGAGCAAGCAAUCAAAGGCUCAUUAUAAUAACCCACGCAUCAAGGCAUACUACAAGUACACAAUACAAUAUAUACACGACAAAUUCCCACACACAUUCACUUACAUCUCAUCCACAAUGGUAACAAUAAUUAGAAAAAUAAGCGUAUUUAAUGACAAAAACUAAUAUAAUAAAUAAAUUGCACCAAAUAAUAUUAAUAUAUUAGUCAAAACAGGUAUAAAUUAAUUUAUGGAAUUUAAACAUAACUAUUUAAAGUUUUGUGUAAGUAAUACAAUAAUUUAUAUGAUUAUGAUAUUAAAAGAACUCUUAUUCACAAAAAUAUACUUUAACCGUCUAUAAAAAGUAUGCAAGUCUCAUUUUAUAAGUGUAAAUGUCUUACAAUGCUGGCAAAUAUUGUAGCUCCAAAAAUUAUGGUGCCUAGUUUUAACAUGUACUAAGUUAUAAUUUCUACGGAGUUUGGUUAAACGAAAUGUACAAGCUGAUGGCAAACAUACAAAUAUAAAUAAAUAAAUAUUCCUUUCAUAAACGUAAAAAAAUAAACUAUUACUAUCUGUGCUAUUAAAUGUAAGCUUUAAGAAUAUAUGUAUAUCUAGAUAAAUACCAAGCAUUACGCAAACAUGCAUAUUUCGGAAAUACCCCUCAGAACUAGAAAUAAUAUGAAUUGAACUUUCAUCGUUGUGUUUAAUUAAAGCCAUCUCUUAACAUUACGUUGACAGUGUCAUCAACAACAUCGUAAAUAAAAUAAUUCGUUCAUCGAAUAAUAUUGGGGCUAAAUCUUAAAUAUUAAAUUAAUUAUGCAAUGGUAACAAUACUAAUAUAUUUAAUAUUUAUCUGUGGAAUAUCGCGAAACAAAUAUUUACUAAAUAUAAUAAACUUUAUGUAGUAUAUUCUUUGUGGA